GCUGCAGGUUCAACAUUCAAACAUUAAAUCAACUCAUUAAUAAAGAAAGGAUGGCAGUUUGGGACAGAAAGAUUUCCUGUUGCUUCACGUUACUGCUCGCUGGUGCUCUGGGUCUAAGUGUGAACUAUCCAGAUCGUGUUUGUGGUGUGAAAGGAUCGACCGUCACCCUCCCCUGCUCCUUCACACCACUGAAGUCUGUCGAUGUCAAUGGAAGAAAAGUUUUGAUCGAGAUCAACAGAGUCGUCUGGUGCAAGGGCCCUAACAUUUAUGGGAUAGAUCCUCCAUCUGUGUACGACAGCAAAUCAAACAACAACAACCCUCGUUACAGAUACCUGGGAGACAAGAAGGGAGACUGCACUUUACAGAUCUCAGAUUUACAGGAGAAAGACGACGCAACUUUUCGCUUCAGAGUGGAAACCAAUGAUCCCAGAGCAUCUUUUACUGGCCAACCAGGAGUGAGAGUCACAGUCGCUGGUGCUCUGGGUCAAUGUGUGAACUAUCCAGAACCUGUUUGUGGUGUGAAAGGAUCGACCGUCACCCUCCCCUGCUCCUUCACACCACUGAAGUCUGUCAUGGAUGACAAUGGAAGAGAAGUUUUGAUCGAGGUCGUCAGAGUCGUUUGGUGCAAGAACCAUUUAUUCUGUAUCGGAACGACUCCGUCUGUGUAUGACAGCGAAUCAAACAACGACGACCCUCGUUACAGAUACCUGGGAGACAAGAAGGGAAACUGCACUUUACAGAUCUCAGAUUUACAGUAUGAUGACGACGCAACUUUUCGCUUCAGAGUGGAAACUAAUCAUCCCAAAGCACAUUUUACUGACCAAUCAGGAGUGAGAGUCACAGUCGUAGAUCAGAUGAAGUUAAGAAGCUCCAGAGAUGACGGAGAGUUUAAAAGAGGGGAAGCAGUCUCACUGAACUGUUCUGCUGCAAUCUGCACUAUCCACCAACUGGAGGUCACCUGGUUCAGAGAUGGCCACGCCCUCUCAGAGUCUGGCCCCGCCCUCCAUCUGGGUUAUCUGACUGCAAAGGAUUCUGGGAUCUAUACCUGUGGUUUGAAGAGGAACAACCGCACCCUCUCCGUGCCGUACAGCCUGCACGUGGGAGCAGAAGAGGAAGGAACUAAAGCCUUUGACCCACUGCUGGCUGUUCGUCUGCUUCUCUUCACUCUGCACACUGUUCUCAUCGUCAUAGUAACGGCCAUCAUCAUCAAAAGGACGUGCGUUCGCAAAAAAAAGAUGACGGUGUAGCCUCCAGACGCCGUAGAGGAGCUGAGACGUCCAGAGGAACGAGGCCGAGCUGUCUGAUAUUAUCAUCUGUAACAUAUCUGCUCUAAUAUUACAUCACUGGACCUUUAUCUCUGAUAUUAUCAUCUGUAACAUAUCUGCUCUAAUAUUACAUCACUGGACCUUUAUCUCUGAUAUUAUCAUCUGUAACAUAUCUGCUCUAAUAUUACAUCACUGGACCUUUAUC